CGAAGCGAUGGUCGAGUGUUUGCUGUCGCAGCCCACGAUCGACCUCAACGCGGUCGACGAUGACGGCAACACGGCACUCAUGCACGUGGCCUUUCUGCACCCGACGGCCGAGCGCAUCUGGCACGCGUCACUGCUGCGCUCGCCGAUGGCGCCGACGUCAACGCCCGCAACGAGGUCGAGAUACGAUGCUUCCGCCGACGCGACGCCGCUCGACGUAGCGUGCGGCGAAGCCCAUGUUGAUAUGGUCGCGUGCUUGCUGCUGCAUCCGACCCUCGACGUGGCCAAGGCGUCGCCAACGCUCUUGUGGACGCUUUGUAAGCGUGGCGCGCGUGGUUUGAUCACGCAGCUGCUCGGCCACCCCACGACAGAUCCCAUGGCGCUGCAACCGGACCGCUACAACUUGCUCAUCGCGCUUUGCUCGGAGUCUCACCUGACCGAGAUGCUCUCGCUCUUUCUCCACCACCCGCGCGUGGACUGGAACGCGUCGGUCGAUGACAUGACGCCGCUGCAGCGCGCGGUCGAAUUCCGCCACUGGGAGAGUGUCGUCGUCUUGCUGCAGGACCCGCGCGUGGAUAUCAAUGCAACGCUCCAUGACCAGACGCUGCUGCACGCAGCGGUCCUCGCCGACCGCGUGGACCUCGUGACGAUGCUCCUGCGUCACCCGCGCAUCGACCGACGUCGCUUGAUGACGUACCAAGGAACAGCGUUUGCACUCGCCAUUACCAACGAAAGCGACACGUUUCUCGAGCUGUUCCUGAGCAUCCCGGAUGAUGACAUCAACGUCCCAGCACACGGCGGUGCGACGCCCCUGCACCAAGCCAUCACGUAUCUCAGCGAUGCCACCACGGCAAACCGUCUUCUUCGCGAGCCCCAUUUGCGGCGUGACGCGCCCGACGCGGUCUUGAUGGCAUUCUCGAUGGAACCCUAA